UUUCCAUACUUCGGCCCACCGUGCUUAUUGUUGCGUAUUGGGCCGGGUUGCCCCUUCCACACCGCUCAAGCCGUGCGUCCGCCUCUGGGGAGAAGAACUGCUCGGAGGCUUCCUCACCUCGGAGGAGCUCCGGCCGGCGAGAAGGGAGCGCCGAGGGAAAUCCAAUCAGCGUUGGAAUUUGGCAUCCUGUACCAUGGCUUCUUUGCUCUGUUCACAGAUAAAACUAAACAGAGCAUAUGUUAGGAGGCAGGUUCAUGAGAAUAGACUUACGAGAUUGCCUAAGUCUCUUCAUUGGAGCCCCUUGCAGUCAGGCCAUUUUAAGAACAUUGCAUUGCGUUGCACUAAGAAUUUGCCUUGGGAGGCCUCUCUACCAUAUGCCUCCACAGAGGACGAUGCCAGCAUUAUCAUGGGAACAAAUGUUGUCGAAGCUAUUGAUACAGAAGAAGCUCCAGAGAUUCCAAUCCUCCAGAGUGACCAGGAUGUUGUGGACGUGAGGAAUGAACCUUCUAAGCAGCCAGCAACAUUUAAGCUGCCAAUGUGGCUGUUAGGGCCUUCAGUUCUGUUGGUUACCGGUAUAGUUCCAACUUUGUGGCUGCCAUUGCCUUCAGUGUUCCUUGGCCCUAACAUCGCGGGCCUUCUAUCCCUAGUGGGACUCGACUGCAUCUUUAACAUGGGAGCAAUGCUGUUUUUCCUUAUGGCCGACGCGUGCGGGCGUCCAGAGAACAAUUCGUUCGACCUGACAAGGCAGAUCCCAACUACUUACAGGUCUUGGAAUCUGGUUGCCAGCAUAUUAGGCUUUGUUGCUCCUUUUGCCCUGCUUUUUGCGUCUCAUCGGGGAGCUCUGCAGCCACAUCUGCCAUUCAUUCCGUUCUUGGUGCUGCUUGGGCCAUACCUGUUACUCCUUUCGGUGCAGAUGCUGACUGAGACGCUUACAUGGCACUGGAGAUCGCCGGUCUGGUUGGUGGCCCCCGUCGUUUAUGAGGGCUACCGGGUGCUACAGCUGAUGAGGGGCCUGCAGCUGGCCAGCGAGAUCGCUGCGCCGGGGUGGAUGGUGCAGAGCCUUCGUGGCUUGGUGACCUGGUGGGUGCUGGUCCUUGGGAUUCAGUUGAUGCGCGUUGCCUGGUUUGCUGGGGUCAGUUCCGCGAGCGAUCCGAGCUACGGAUCGAGCGAUGAUGUGAACAGGUAGGUUCCUUCAAGCUGCUGUGCUUCUGCUGCUCACUGCACGAUAGAAUGGGUGACAUGUUAGUUCUGGUGCAUCUGUAUUUGCCAGACGUAGUGGACGUAGAGUAAAAAAGGGUUUUGACUGAUAGAAACUUUGAAUCGUGCAACUGCUUUGGUAUACAGAUAAAGUGAAAAUUGUACAUUGCCGUGAUGCUGAACUUGGUAUGAGUGUGUAAGAAAUACUUUACUUGAAUAUAGAAGAUAUAUAUACAAGCUGUUGCCAGUGUGGGUGUUGCUCCA